AUGGGUACAGUGACGGAGUACAGGGAAAAUUUUGAAGCUCACGCACCACCCUUGCAUGAGGUAGGAGAAGACAUUCUGAUGGGGGUUUUUGCAAAUGGGUUAAAGGAGGAAAUAAGAGAUGAAAUUCGCCUAACGAAGCCCACGUCUCUGUUUGCCUUGAUGGAUCAGGCGCAUCGCGUGGAGGAACGAAAUUGGAUACUGGUAGUGACCAACGACGACAGGGCAGAAAACGAUGACGGCAGUCCUGAACCCACCUCGGAAAUGUCCGACGAAGGUAAUCCAUUGGCCUUAUCCAUGCAUUCAAUCGUAGGGGUAACCACUGAUAAAACCCUAAAAUUAAAAGGGGUGAUUGGAGGGACAGAGCUGAUUGUUUUGGUUGACAGUGGGGCUUCCCACAAUUUCAUUUCGCAUGAAUUGGUGCGAAAAUUAGAGCUACCAGUAGAGAGACGUAAAUCCUUUGGGGUGAUGGUGGGAAACGGAUUUACAGUUAGAGGAAAGGGAAUUUGCAGAGGAGUGCCAUUGCGAAUGCAAGGUAUUGAAUUGUGCCAGGACUAUUUUCCAUUUGAGUUAGGAGGAGCAGAUGUAGUGCUAGGAAUUUCUUGGCUUAGUACACUGGGGGAUGUUUGUGCAAAUUGGAGAAAUCUGACAAUGGAAUUUUUCAGUGAAGGGAAGAGGGUGGUUCUACAAGGGGAUCCAUCAUUAGUCAAGACAGUGGUAUCACUAAGGGCAAUGCUGAAAUCCUUGCAGAGAGAGGAUGCGGGAUAUGUGGUCGAGUUAUGCUCCAUUGGUGUUAAGGAAGAGGAAACAGAGGAACCCAUGGACCUCGCAGCCGCAGCAGUUGUUGAUGGAUUUAGCCAUCUGUGA